AUUGGGCCCCCUACUGACCCUGGGCCCUCAGGCAGUGCCUGAGAGCCCGAAUGGUCAGUCUGCCGCUGCGCCACCUGUCAGGGUCCAUCAGUGCCAGCUGUCAGUGCUCAUCCAUGCCACCUGCCAGAGCCCAUCAGUGCCACAUCAAUGCCACAUAUCAGUGCCCAUCUGAGCUGCCUUUCAGUCACCCAUCAGUGCCAGUCAGUGCCACCUAUAAAUGCCAGUCAGUGCCACCUAUCAGUGCUGCCAAUCAGUGUCACCUAUCAGUGCCAGUCAGUGCCUCCUAUCAGUGCCAGCCAGUGCCACCUAUCAGUGUGCAUCAGUGCCACCUAUCAGUGCCCGUCAGUGCUGCCUAUCAGUGCUGCCUAAAUGUGCCAGACAGUGCCACCUAACAGUGCCAGUCAGUGCCACCUAUCAGUGCCAGUCAGUGCCACCUAUCAGUGCCACCUAUCAGUGCCAUAUAUGAGUGCUGCCUUUCAGUGCCCAUCAGUGAUAGCUGUCAAUGCCACCUACCAGUGCCUCCUCAUCAGUGCCCAUCAGUGCCACCUAUCAGUGUCUAUCAGUGCAGCCUAUCAGUGCCCAUCACUGCAGCCUCAUUAGCGCACAUCAGUGAAGGAGAAAAAUCACUUAUUUACAAAGUUUUAUAACAAAAACUAAGAAAACACUUUUUUUUUCCAAAUUUUCAGUGGUUUUUGGUUUGUUUAAGAAAAAAUAA